AUGUGUAAUUCACUGUUCAUUGUAAGAUCGUCAAGUAUAUUUUGUCUCCCCACAGUUCCUGUUUGCCGGUUCUAUCCGAGAGACAUCUGGUUUGCGCACCCGCAGUACGCGUGCUACAGAUGCAAAUGCGAGGGAUCCCCGAUGGGGGAGGUCACCAUAGAUUGCUACCCUGAUCCUAUGUGUGAUAUGACAACGACAAUGGCGCCACCUACAACUGCGGCCCCUCCAGCUAUACAUGUCGAUCCGCUCCCUGGACCAUCACCACACCCCUCAUGCCGCCCCUACACCCCCGGGCAGGUGUUUCAGCACCCGUGGGACCCGUGCCUGGAGUGCAUGUGCAUAGAGGCCUCUAUGUCCACCAUCGUCAACGUUCAAGUCAACUGCUACACUAAGGCGGAGUGCUGUAUUAUUCCUCCAGAUCCUGGUACUUAUCCGCCAGGCCUACCGCAGCCACCGGGCACUUACAUCCCAACACCACAAACGCCUUACAACAAUGGCAACUAUUACCCAGGAAAUAUGGGCCCAGGACAAAUAGGAUCGGCGAUAUCGAACGCAAACGCUUUCGCCGAAAUCAACGGAAACGGACAAGGCACCGCCAACUCUAUAGCCCAAGCUGACGCAGCCGCCCAAGCCGCAGCGCAAGCCCAAGCCGCCGCACAAGCAGCUCAGAACAACCUUAACCAAUACCAAUAUUACCCAGGCCAAGAUGCUGGAUCUCAGGCCGCAGCACAAGCUCAGGCCAUAGCGCAGGCUCAGGCCGCCGCAGAAGCCUCUCAGAACAACUUCAACCAGUUCCCACUCUACCCAGGCCAAGAUACUGGAACUCAGGGCCAGGCACAAAGCCUAGCUGAAGCCUUAGCCGAAGCUCAGGCAAACUCCAACCGCGCUUAUCCCGUCAACUGGAAUCAGGGAGGAUUCCAACAAGAAAUGUAUCCAAAGAAAUUGAUCAUUCAGCAACCGGGCCCAUACUACCCAGGUGGUAACCAAGUCUUCCCCAGUGGUAACCAAGUAUUCCCCGGUGGAAACCAAGUCUUCCCCGGUGGAAACCAAGGCUUCCCUGGUGGAAACCAAAUCUUCCCCGGUGGAAACCAAGGUUUCCCUGGUGGAAACCAAUUCUUCCCCGGUGGAAACCAAGGAUUUCCUGGUGGAAACCAAAUCUUCCCCGGUGGAAACCAAGGCUUCCCCGGUGGAAACCAAGGCUUCCCUGGAUCUGGCGGGUUAGUAAAUUUCGGAAGCGGAGCUUCCCAGGCCCAAGCCACUAGCAAUGCCCAGUCAGGGUAUGGAGUAGCGCAAGCUCAAUCUGACGCCAUUGCUCAGGGAGACUCUCAAGCGAUAGCGGAUGCUAUGGCUCAGAGCAAUGCAGGAUACUCAAAUGGAUUGUAUGGAGGGGGAAAGCCAGACUCGAUGGCACAAGCUCAGGGAAGCGCACAAUCUAACCCCUAUCAGACAGGUUACAAGAAUCUACCAUAUGGAUACGGUGGAUCUGGUGCUUCAGCCCAAGCUCAAGCCGAAGCUGACCUUGGAUCAGCACAAGCGAUGGCGAACGCAUUAGCACAGCAGUUAGCUGCGCAGGGUCAGGCGGACGCUUCAGCUAACGCUAAUGUAAUGUCUCAGCCGGCGAUGUACCAAUCCCCGGCGUCAUAUUUCUACCCGGGUGGAGCCCAACCGAUGAGGCCCAACGCAGCGGCUCAAGCUGACGCACAGGCGGUAGCCAAUGCUAUGGCUGGUGGAGACGCGUCCGCCCUGGCCCAGGCAUCAGCGGCGUCCGCCAUAAAAACAGGUGAUUCAGAUUCACAGGAGUAGAAAAUAAUUACUGUAGUACAACUAGCUCACGACUCAAGCGACUAAGCCAUGAAGACGGACACGAGUGUAAUGUAGUCUAAAAGUGUGAAGCAAACCGAACGAAGCACUUUUAUUUAUUUCGUAUUUGCAAUUAUAAUAUGUUCGGGGCAAUACAA